AUGUCCAGCGAGAACGUUUCAGCUUCAUCAGCUAACCACCCCCUCCCUCUCUCCUCCUCUCUAGAUGUGGACGAGUGUGCAGAAGCGCUUGACAACUGCAGCAUCGAUGCCAUCUGCCAGAACACCCUGAAGUCAUACAAAUGUAUCUGCAAGUCAGGCUAUAAAGGGGACGGCAAACAUUGUGAAGAUGUCGACGAGUGUGCGACUGAAUACAACGGUGGCUGCGUCCACGAGUGCAUCAACAUCCCAGGAAAUUACAGGUGCACAUGCUAUGAUGGCUUCCGCUUGGCACAUGAUGGGCACAAUUGUCUAGAUGUGGAUGAGUGCUCAGAAGGCAACGGCGGAUGCCAACAGAUUUGUGUCAACAUGAUGGGCAGCUACGAGUGCCGCUGCAGAGAAGGCUUCCUCCUGAGUGACAACCAGCAUACCUGUAUCCAAAGACCUAAAGUUCAACCAGAAGGCGCAAAGGAGGGACCCACCUGUAUGGACAAGAAUCACGGCUGUGCACACAUCUGCAGGGAAACACAGAAGGGUGGCAUCUCCUGUGAGUGUCGACCUGGAUUCCAGCUCACGCGUAACAUGAAGGACUGCAAAUUGACGUGUAACUACGGUAACGGGGGUUGCCAGCACAUCUGCGAGGAGACGGACCACGGGCCCAAGUGUGCGUGCCACAUGAAGUUCGUCCUGCACAGCGAUGGAAAGACUUGUGUAGGGGAGAGGAGUGUCCAGUCCCAGGCAGCCCCACAGCUGUUCCCCAAUGAGACCUGUGCAGUGAACAAUGGCGGCUGUGAUAGCACAUGUCAUGAUUCAGUGACAGGAGUCCGCUGCAGCUGUCCUGUUGGCUUCACUCUGCAGCCGGACCGCAAGACCUGCAAAGACAUUGAUGAGUGCCGUCUUAACAAUGGGGGCUGCGAUCAUGUGUGUCGAAACACAGUCGGCAGCUUCGAGUGCAGCUGCAAGAAAGGCUACAAGCUGCUGACCAACGAGAGAACGUGUCAAGACAUCGACGAGUGCUCUUUUGACCGCGCCUGUGACCACUUCUGUGUCAACUCUGCCGGCAGUUUCCAGUGCCUCUGUCAUAAAGGCUACGUCCUCUACGGCCUGGCACACUGUGGAGAUAUUGAUGAAUGCAGUAUAAACCGUGGAGGUUGUAAAUACGGCUGCAUCAACACUCUGGGGAGCUACGAGUGUACCUGUCCACCAGGGUACAAGCUGCACUGGAACAGGAAGGACUGUAUUGAGCUGGUGAAAUGUCCUGUCGGGGUGGUGGCACCAAAGGCCACUCUGACCUGCAGCAAGACGGGCAAGAAAGAGAGCUGCUCUCUCACCUGUGCCUCUAAAGCUCACUAUCUGGCAGAGUCUGACAACAGCUACUCGGUCAGCUGUGGUAUCCCCAUCCUCAGAGGGAAGUCUCCUGCCAGGCUCAACUCCAGCAGCAGUCAGAGCUGCAUAGAGACUCUGGCCCCUCCAGUGAAGCAGACGGCGUCUUUCAAGAUUAAAAACGCCAAAUGUCACCUGCACCCGAAGCUGACCGGAAGGACAGAGGACAGAGGACGGACACUUGGACCAGGAGGGGCUCAGCCCUGCAGCAACUGCCUGGUGACAUUUGUUAAUCUCAAAUGUGACUCUUCUAAGAAAGCUAAAGGGCGACGUGCUCGUAACCCCGCCAACAAAGAGGUGACACGCAUUACUUUGGAGCUGGAAGCUGAGGUCAAACCCGGAGACACUACAGGGAGCUGCAAUCUGAGCUGCCUGAGACAACGCAUGGAGAAGCAGGUUAAGACGUAUAUCAAGGCUCUGAAGAAGUCCAUCAACCAGGAGCGCUUCCUGAUCCGAGUCGCUGGUUUGGAAUACGAGGUGGCCCAGAAACUUCCGCAGGCUGCUCCCAUUCAGGAGAACUGCGGCCCAGGCUGGGAGAGAGACAAUGGCCGAUGUGUCAGAUGCUCCUCGGGGUCUUACUACCACGGUGAGCAGGAGCGCUGUGUCCAGUGUCCGCCCGGCACUUUCCAGGAGAAGGAGGGGCAGCUGGCCUGUGACCUCUGCCCCGGCAGUGACGGCCACGGGCCUGUCGGGGCACGAAACAUCUCCUCCUGUGCAGGCCAGUGUCAUACGGGGUACUUCUCCAGCGAUGGGUUCAAACCCUGUCAGCCAUGCCCUCAGGGCACCUACCAACCAGAUUUAGGACGGACCCUUUGCUUCCCCUGUGGGGGAGGACUGGGCACCAAGCGGGAAGGUGCCAGCUCCUUCCAUGAUUGUGAAGUCAAAGUUCAGUGUUCUCCGGGUCAUUACUACAACACCACGGUACACCGGUGUAUCCGCUGCCCGGUGGGGACGUACCAGACUGAGUUCAGACAGAACUACUGCAUUUCCUGCCCUGGCAACACCACCACAGAUUUUGAUGGUGCCACAAGUGUCUCACAAUGCAAGAACAGGCAAUGUGGUGGUGAGAUGGGUGAAUUCAUGGGUUACAUUGAGUCACCUAACUAUCCCGGGAAUUACCCUGCUAAUGUGGAGUGUAUCUGGAACAUCAACCCGCCCAGCAAGCGCAAGAUCCUGAUUGUGGUGCCGGAGAUUUUCCUGCCCUCGGAGGAUGAGUGCGGAGAUGUGCUGGUUAUGAGGAAGAACUGGUCGGCCACAUCCAUCACCACCUACGAGACGUGUCAGACAUACGAGCGGCCCAUUGCCUUCACCGCUCGCUCCAGACGUCUCUGGAUUAACUUCAAGUCCAAUGAGGCCAACAGCGCCAGAGGCUUUCAGAUCCCCUAUGUUACUUAUGAUGAGGACUAUGAACAGCUGGUAGAGGACAUAGUGCGAGAUGGAAGACUCUACGCCUCAGAAAACCAUCAAGAAAUCCUCAAGGAUAAAAAACUGAUUAAGACUCUUUUUGAUGUGCUGGCUCACCCAAACAACUACUUUAAGUACACCACUCGGGAGUCCAACGAGAUGCUUCCUCGCUCCUUCAUUCGCCUCAUAAGCAGCAAAGUGUCGGCUUUCCUGCGGCCAUACAAGUAAAGCUCGCACAGCUGCUGAAGCACCGGAUCGUGACCCCCACCUCCUCCCCCCUGACAUCCCCCUCCACCUUACAGGCCACAUCCCACAACUCUCACAGGACUUAAGAACAUACUAGUAUGUUUACACUCUCUUAUUUUCCAUAGGCUUUGACAAUAAACACUAUGCAGACCUGAGAAAUACUGACAAUUUGUGUUUUAGGAUUUUUUUUGGCAGUUUGCAUUCAGCGCAGGUCUGCAGUCCCGAGCUCAAGCAUUUAGUGGGGAUGUAGAGUACGUGAGUGGGUUUGGUUUCUGUUGUGCAAUGCAACCACAAAAACAAACAAUAGAAACGCCUAUUUCAGACAGUAGGAGUGACGUUUUGUGUGCGCGGUUUAAGCUUGAUCAAGCUUGUCAUUGUAUUUGCUAAAAUGAGCGGUGUGAGUUCCAGCUCCAACUCCUACCAUUAAGUAUGACUGUAAGUGUUGUGUAAGUGUUGUGUAACCCUGGUUCCAUCUUCAGUGUCUGUGUGCUGUCCUCGAGGAGGAGCGGUUGUUAAAUUCAUGUCGCAGCUGCGUUCCAGGUCAUUCAAAGCCUUACUAUAUUUGAGCUCUUAGAGCAGUUUCCAAGGGUUUUACUGUUAAAACAGUUAAUCUAUGUUUUGUUCCGUCUGUCUAGACUGUGCUGACGUUUUCCAACCUUAAGAUUAUUUCUGUUGCUCUUUUAUUUUUUCAACUCAAAGCAAAUACAAACAGGUGGUUUAUCAUUCCAGGAACAUAGUGGACAUUUGGGAGAUGAAUAACAAACUUAUAAUUGUGAGAGCCACAGAAAUGAGAUAAUGUGAUGUCUAGUGGAACAUGUCUCAGAGAGAGAGAGAGAGAGAGAGAGAGAGAGAGAGAGAGAGAGAGAGAGAGAGAGAGAGAGAAAUGUCUUUGAGGGACAUUAUGUUUGCUGCUUCUUUUAAAAGGUCACUUUAAUUCUUCAAUCUCAUAUUGUCUUUCUGAUGUACUCGACACACUAAUAGUCUCUAGGUUUAAAACUAAAGGAAGCUCCACGCCUGAAAUACUUUAGUUCUUACACACAGUAAGUUGAUAAUCUCACAUUGUCUGUCUGUGGACUACCAGUUUUAUCGUGUUUUAUUUCAAUCUUGUAAAUAAUGAAAAUAAAUUAGACGAGGGUUGAAUUCUUUAAUCCUAAAUUUCUUUACGCAGGACACCUAAAAUCACUUUCUGCCCCACCAGUCUCAAAUCCAAAGACACCCAGUGACCCCUUCAAACACCCCGCUCAUGUUUUGUUCUGUCCCAAUGAAGACAGCUCUUCCAAAGACCGCCCAAAAAAAGGGGCGGGUCACUUUGUUUUGUGCACUAAAUUUAAAGCCCAUCAUCCUACCUUUUGAGUACAAAGUGCAAUGAAUAAAAACACAUCUCAAUUUUCUUACACACUAUUGAGACCCACAACGAAGCUUGUGAAAUGUGUUUAAGGCUGCAUUCUUGUUGAGACUCAUUGUAUUAAAUAUUUAUCAGUCACGAUGGGCAGAAGAUGUUUAGGUUUCAACGUGUAACUGCUCUCUUAUCCAGAGGAACACAAAAAAAAUAUGUAUAGUGUCAAAAAAUGUAAUAAAAACUGAGUAUUUGGUGUGUAAAAAAAAUAUUCUUUGAGUUCAAAACAAUGACCAAAACAGGGUAAAAUGAUUUAAGUUUUAAAAAUCUAACACUUUGCUAAGUAGUUAAAAGGAAUUGUUCAGUGUUUUGGGAAAUACGCCUACUCGCUUUCUUUCUGGAGAUUAAAUGAGGCUGACACCACUCUCAUCUGAUCAGUAAAUAUAAAGCUACCGCCAUGAGACCGUUAGCUUAGCACAAAGACUGGAAACAGCUAGCAUGGCUCUGUUCAAAAGGUAAAUAAAUCUGCCUGCACCUCUAAAACUCACUAAUCAACACAUUACAUCUUGUUUGUUUAAUCACUACAGUAACUUAAAUGUUAAAAUGCAGGGGUUUUUGUAGCACUACUUCUACGUAGUUGCCUAGCAACCUCAAAGACUCCAGCACCGCACUGGGUUGCACCAGCUACAAGCGAGUUCAAACUUACCCUGGUUUGAACGUAAAUCAGUGUAACAUUGGUUGGAGUUAACGUGCUACUAACAUUUUAAGGUUUGCGCCAACUGAAAUACAGCCAUGUUAAAUCUUAGACCUAGCCCUUGGUAGGUUUAAAGUCCUCCGUAAAAUAGAGGUUGUCAUGCUGCAUAGUUUUGAAACGUGGGAUAACUGGAGUAUGAGGAGCUAAUUAUACCGACUGUUUUGUAUCGGCAACACGUUUUUUGUGAAAGAAUAAACCCUCGUGAUCUUGUGUCUUUUAUACUCAAAAUAGAAAUGCUAGAAAUAGAACGGGGGUUUCUGUAAACAUGCGAAAUCAAGUGCGUACACAUAAAAUAACACAAGUAAAUGGACAAUAAGAAAUAUCCUCUGCAAGCAAACAGAGGUAUAAUUAUAGAUGAAAACUACACAUUUCUAACAAUUUGCCAGUGUAGGUAAUCAUUAUGUGUUCAUUAUAACAUUACAAUUUCAUCUGCCUAGCAGUGCUUUUCACUGAUUGGCCACAGGAAGUGAAAACGUCAUUUUCUGCAACAAUGAUUUAGAUAGUGUGGACUUAAUGCCAAAGUAGCUAGGAUGAACCUUGCGUCUCUAUGGUGCAACCACAGAUAGAUAACAACUAGAUACCAGACCCCAAGAUGGCACCCAGUCUGUCCAAUGGAAUUGCUCAUCAGGUGCAUUUGCCAAAAAAGUUUCUAGCUUACAGGUUUACUUCCGCAGUAUGCGGGCCAAUGAAUAUGCGCAGUAGAGUUUACCCCAUUGGCUACGCCUACAAGUUACUACCCGGCUCAUAGACUGAUUUUAAAUCUCUUUUCUCAGCUCAAGGAACGUUUUUCGAAUAUAAAACCUCCGUAGGUCAAAAAUUCUUAAUAGAAAGUCAUAAUUGACCUUGUUUGCAGUCUGAGGUGUCCUGUCAGGCAUUUUUUGCUGCAAUAAGUGGCCACUAGAGGAAAUCAAAGUAAGGCUAAGCGGUGUUCCUGGGGGCCAAGGUGCAACUGGUUUUAACAUAUCGUUCACUGUGGAUUUCGCACCCUAACGUAAGAGGGAACCUGCGUGUAGCUGGUGUAUCGGGCUGCAGGAAGGACUCCCUGGAAGAAAGUAAAAGUAUUUCCCAAAAUUUACAGACUGUUCCUUUAAAUUCAUUAGCACCACCACUGCAGUCAAAUUGGUACAGAUAAUCCCCAACACCCCAUCCUGUACAUUCAACCCUCUGAAAGAAAUUAAAUUGAGUCAACGCUUGCUCUCUGACUUUAUUUCGUCCCCACUCAUGUAAAUAAAAAUAAGUGAGGUGGUACACUUUAUAUGAUGUACCUAAACUUUAGGAUGACACAAAGGGAUUUUGACCACAUUGUCAAACUUGAGGGCGAUGCUGGGCCAAGCCAUCUCAUGUCAGUUUGAAAUUCCUCUAUGCAGUUCUCAGAUUCUGUACAUUUAGUCUCCAGUAUCUCCGUGUGCUACAGUAUACGCCAGCAGGCAGCAUCCCAGCACGCUCACUUGGCCCUCAUUCCCAAAAAUCCCCCUCCCACCAAGAAUCAGCUUCUUUCCUGCAACCUGAUAAGUUUUUUUGUUUUCUGUUGUUUUUUUUUUAUUGUUGCCUUUUAACGAGAGUUUGCUAUGAUGUAUCAUAGAGUUGAUAAUGAUAUUUGCACUUGAAUUGUUAUUGCUCAUGUAAAGAAAUGUCUGGAUUUUGUAUUGUCUUUUUAAAUGAAUGGAAUUGGUGUUCUUAUUUUCUUGUAGCUUGUUUGUUCAUGAAAUGCUCACUCACCGUUUAGUC